GAAGUAAGAUAAUGGGAUUGCUUAGCUCAGUCUUUGAAAGUAUUCGCUUGAAAGUUUCAUUUCCUAGAAUAGCAUUCUAUGAUGAAAGGAAUUCACUUUUUUUGGAUCUUGCGUAUAUUACAGAUAAUGUCAUUGUGAUGUCUCUUCCUGCUUUAUCGUUUCCAAAGAAAAUAUAUAGGAAUGAUCUUAAGGAUGUUCUUCGGUUUUUGGAACAAAGGCAUCCUGGGCAAUGGGCAAUUUUUGAAUUUUGUAAAGAGGGCACAGGAUAUUCUGAUAAAGAUUUCCUUUUUAAAGUUUUUCAUUAUCCCUUGUAUAUUAAUUUUAUUUUAAUAUAUUUAUUAAUGAAAUAUAGUCCUGAUCAUCAGCCUCCUCCCUUUCGAAUAAUACCAGAAAUUAUUGAUUUUUUAUCAAGACAUAUACAGAACUCCGAAAACAAUGUUGCAGUUCUUCAUUGUAAAGCUGGGAAGGGACGAUCUGGUAUGAUUGCAUGUUGUUAUUUGGUUUCAGAAGAUAAUUUAACGGUGAAUUCUGCAUUGUCUCGGUUUACACAGGCUCGUAUUCAAAAAGGAUAUGGAGAUGGAGUUACUAUUUUGUCUCAAAAACGAUAUGUUUUUUAUGUUGAAAAAUGGGUUGCAAUGGGGAAAAAGUAUCAAGAGUUGGAUGUUUCUAUUUUAUGGCUUAAAAUUUUGGGUGUAAAUAAGAAAAUUGGUUGUAAAAUUUAUGGAUAUAAUAACGAUAACACAAUAGAAUGUCUUUACACAUUUCUUCCACCAGAAAUAGUAAUAAAUAACACAGUAAUGGUUUGCACACCAACGAUAGAGCUUAUUUCUAAAGCAGAUAUCUGUCUCGAAAUUUAUUAUCAGUAUAAAUUUAAAAGAACACUUUUAAAGGCUCGUUGUUGGUUUAAUGUUUUUUUCGAAAAAUCAAGAAAUAGAAAUGAUGGAUUUUUUUCAAUUGAGUUUCAAGAGUGUGACUGUUUAAAGAAAAUUUAUAAAGAUGAAUUAAAAUUAUUUGAUAAGCUUAUUUUAAAGUGGAAAAUUUUAUAAAUUUAUUUUAUAAGAUAUUAUUAUACCAUUUUUCUAUUUUA